CAUUAUUAUUUUAUUGAAGGUAUAUUGACAGUCAUUGCUACAUUCCUUGCUCUGUAUUUUGAUGUGGCUCUACCAAAUGAAUUGAAAGGGUUCAUAUUCUUUGCACAAGUAAUUGGAGUCAUUUAUCGCAACAGUCCUUACCUGAAUAGAAACGAAGGAGCUGGGGAUCAAUUUUUGGAUUUCAUUAUUAAUAUGUUUGGUCUCUCUCUUCCCUUCCCUGUCUGUUUCACUGGAUUUUCAGGUGCUGGUAUCACCUGGUUAGGUGUUGUACCUCCAAUACUGGCACUAGCAACAGCUCUUAUUUACCUUAUAAGUGCUGAGAAUGUCAAGUUUCUAUACGAGAGGAAAAGCUAUGGUUUUCAUGGAUUUCACUUCAUAUGUCUCUUCAUUUAUAAGUACUUUUUAGACACUAGCUUUGCUUUCAUCAGCAUUAGAAGAGUGUAUGGGAAUCAUUAUGUGUUUAGUUAUACAGGAGAGUCAUUUCUGUCUCCAUUGAUAUUGACAAUGUUCAUAAUUGGCAUAGUGUCUGUAAUCUUGUUUGCUGCAGUUAUCCCAAUACUCUUCCUUGUCUACAUAUAUCGGCCUCAAAAACGUCUUCAUUUGGCAAAUGCUUUCACAUUUGGUCUGAAAACAGAGCGAAUUUAUCUCUGGCAUGGAGUGUGGGACAUAUGGAGAAGGCUACCAUUUGUGGCCAUUAACUUGUUCAUCUCAGUAUCAACAGUAUCAAUCUUAGUGCUGCUACACUGUUUAAUGGUCCUUGUCGUCCUCACAGUUCAUUGUGUCUUUAAGCCAUACAAGAAAGAAUCAAUUAAUUUCAUUGAAGUUGUUAUUCUGUUCUGCCUUCUUGGAGCAACACUGGCUAUACUGGACGAGAAUGAUAUUUACAUUGGGAGAACAACUAGUAUAUUCUUUAUUACAAUCCCAUUUAUAUAUGCAUUGGUCGUUUUCAUUUACUACAUAUUUGCUAAAUUAUACAGGAGAAAGAAUCCUGAUUUUAGUCUAAGUGCAUUAUUAGCUUCGAAACUACAACAGUUUUCUCCUUCGCAUAAGCCUCAUGAUCAGUCCGGUGGUGAGGAGAAGCCAAAGGAACCAACAGAUCCUACUGCAAUUAGUAAAAGUGAGCAAUUAGAUGCAAGUGGUAUUGUACCACUCCGUGAACCACUUUUGGAAAUGAACUCAUAAUCUUUAUUGUGAUUGACUCUGAAAUUAUGUUUUCUGUCAUUAGCAAAACUAAUGUUUGUAUACUGAACAAAUUUUAUAUAAUUUUAUAUAUGUAUAUUGUAUUUUGUAUUGGUAAAUGGAGUAUACUACUAAUGAGAUU